UCCAAGGUGCUGGUGUCUCGCCCUGCCUGGAGCCUGAGGUCCCGUGCGCCCAUUUGCCUCCCGACGUCACCAAUGCGACCAUGGGAACUGGCAGUGAAUAGGCGGCCACCCUCUGCCCCUUUUAACCAGCACCGUUUCUCGGGGGGACCCUGCAGCAGCCCCGACCACCUCCGGCGAAGCCCCCCUGCCAGGCAUCAGUGGGGACGACGCGACCGACCUCUGGCAACCCCGCUGGGCCAGGAUGAGCCCCAGCUGCACCCUGCCUUCCCCCAGCAGCCGCACAUCCCUGUAGAUGAGCCCCGCGCCUACGCUCUCCCCAGCACGCCGCCACGAAUGCUUCACCCGGCCGCUCACCCGCCCCACCAGAACCCAUUCAUGGUGGAUCUGCAUGACCAGGUGCACCAGGGACCUGUCCCUCUCUCCUACACGGUUACCACCGUCACGACGCAAGGCUUCCCCAUCCACGCCGGCCAGCACAUCCCUGGGUGCAGCACCCAGCAGCUCCCAGCAUGCUCAGUGAUGUUCAGUGGACAGCACUACCCGCUCUGCUGCCUCCCGCCCCCGCUGAUCCAGGCAUGCGCCAUGCAACAGCUCCCCGUCUCCUACCAGACGUUCCCCCCCAUCAUCUCCAGCGACCAUUACAUCCUGCCGCGGGGCCUCACCAAAGCAGACAUCGAGCACCUCCCAUCUUACCGCUUCAACCCCGAGAGCCACCAGUCCGAGCAGACCCUGUGCGUCGUGUGCUUCAGCGACUUCGAGGCCCGGCAGCUUCUCCGUGUCCUGCCCUGCAACCAUGAGUUCCACGCCAAGUGUGUCGACAAAUGGUUAAAGGCGAACCGCACGUGCCCCAUCUGCCGGGCGGACGCGUCGGAGGUGCAGCGGGAGGCGGCCGGAGGCUGGCGGGCGCUGUGCCGCACAAUUCGCUAG